CAUGGUGGAGCCCCAAGACAGGGAUUUGGAGGCAGCAAAGUGCCCUCAGGGCAAAGGCGGCUGCUGGGCUGCCAUAGGCAAAGCAUGGGCAGCAGGUGAAGGGAGGUGGUCCUUCCCCUGGGCUGUGUCCUGCUCGGGGCUCCCCAGUGCAAGGCAGCCAUGGCCAUAGUGGAGAGAACCCCCAGGCCAGUGCCCCCCCUGGCCCCUCCCACUUUCCGUUGGGCUGGGACUGCUGGUCAGUUGGAGCCACCGGCCAGAAGAGACAGCAGGACGGAGCUGUGCUGGCACCCAGCAGCGCUGGCAGGAGGCAGGGUCUGGCCCCGCAGCGCUGCCCCAGCACCAACACCAGCACCAGCACCAGCACCAGCACCAGCACCGACACCCACACCGCGUCCUUGCUGUGGCCAUCUUCACCGCGGCCAGGGUUCCUGUUGCACGGCCAGGGUCCUCCUGUCCCGGGCGGGAUGGGCCAGGCCAACUGCUGCUGUGGCUCCAGGGAGGCUCUCAGCGACACCGAGCCGGUGCUGAGUGCAGACGUGCGGCUGACCCGGGGCCGCAAGAGGAGCGAGAGGCGCCUUCUCCUCCUCCAGGAGGAACUGCUCAUUGCCAAAUUGCAACGUGGCAGCACCCUGCGCCCACAGCUCCGCCUGCCCCUGGACCAGCUGUGGGUGCUGAGUGGUGGGAAAGAGGCGGCGCGGGAGGAAGAAGAGGAGGAAGGAGAGGACAGCGAUGAGGAUGGGAGCUGCCUCAUCUUCAUCUGGCCCAGCGGCUCCUGCGUUGCCCAUUUCAGCUCGCGGGCACUGAAGGAGCUGUGGCUGGGCGCACUGCUGGGAACACCUGAAGAAGCCAAGAGGCCCCGUGUGACCCACCUACCGUCAGUGAAGCUCGUGGAGAAGGAGCUAAACCACCACCAUGCCGGGAGGACGUUCAACACCAGGAGCCUGGAGAGGCUGAUGGAACACCAGGCAAAGGGUGAUGCCAAGGAAGGGCCUCUGCCAGCCCCAUCUGGAAAUGGAGGAGGACUUGUUUACACAGCAGGUAAGUUUUCUAAAGAAAGGCAACCUCCAGCAUGCUCACUUGUCCCUUGAGUGUCACCAUGCAGGAUGGUCAGCCCAAGGGAGGAUGUCAGCUGCAGAAGCAAGGACACCCAACGUGCCGUACCUGCUGGACAUGGUUCUGUGGGG